ACCGCCAAACCACCAUCACCAACAUCGCAUUCUUGCUUCAAGUCCAGGUCCCGUCGCCAACAUGCGUGUCGACCCCUGUUUCUUCUGCGGACGCCCGUCCUACCCCUCCAAGGGCAUCACCUUCAACCGCAACGAUGGCCGCUCCUUUCGCUUCUGCCGCAGCAAAUGCCACGCCAACUUCAAGCUCAAGCGCAACCCCCGCAAACUAAAAUGGACAAAGGCCUUCCGCAAGGCGGCCGGCAAGGAACUCACCGUCGACUCGACCCUCGCCUUUGGCGCACGCCGCAACAUCCCCAUCCGCUAUGACCGUGAUCUGGUCCAGAAGACGCUCAAGGCCAUGGAGCGCGUGUCCGAGAUCCGCGCCCGUCGCGAGCGUGUCUUCUACAAGAACCGCAUGAAGGGCAACAAGGCCCGUGAGCUCGCCCGCGCGCGGAGACUGGUCGCGGAGAAUGAGCACCUACUGCCGAGACUGCGCGGCAGUGAGAAGAAGAGGAUGGUGGAGAUGGGUGCCGAUGAGGAGGAUCUCGAGCUCGAGGAGGCAAGGCUGCGCGAUGGCAAGAAGGCCGUCAGCAGGGCAUUCGGUGGUGAGCAAAAGAGACUCAAGGUGCGGAUUGACGAUGAUGUGGAGGACAUGGAGGCUGGCGUGGAGGACAUGGAUGUGGAGGAAUAGAGAGACAAAAGAAAAAAGAACAUACGUUUGUGCAGGGGUUACGUUACUUUACUUCAUGGCGUUAAGGUCAAGCAGGUUACGGAAAGAAAUGGAAAUGAUCAAGAACAGCUUGG